AUGCAUUUCGCUUCGAUUCUAACUAUCCUUUCCACCUUGGGCGCUGUUGCGGCAUCUCCACGCUAUGGUGCCCGAGGCCACCACUUCCGCCGAGCAGGGACAUCCAACGACUCGACCAACCCCUUUGAGGGCAAGAAGCUCUACGCCAACCCGGAUUGGGCUGAGAAGCUUGAGCAGACCUACGACGCGUUUGUAGCCAAGGGUGACGGCGAGAACGCUGGAAAGGUCCGCACGAUCCAGAACAUCGGUACCUUCGUCUGGAUCUCGAACACUGCGAGCUUGCCUAACAUUGACACUGCCAUCGAGCGCGCCCGCGCGGCCCAGGAGAAGACCGGCGAGGAACAGAUCGUUGGUCUGGUACUCUACAACCUCCCUGACAGAGACUGCAGUGCGGGAGAGAGUGCCGGCGAAUUUAGUAGCGAGGAGAACGGCCUGGAGCUGUACAAGGAGACCUACAUCAAGCCCUACGCGGAGAAGCUGGCUGCCGCGAACAACUUGACUUUUGCCGUUAUUCUUGAGCCUGAUUCCCUUGCCAACCUUGUCACAAACUUGAACGUCGAGUUUUGCGCCAAGGCUCAACCGGUGUACGAGGAGGGUAUUGCCCAUGCCAUCGCCAGCUUGCAGUUCAACCACGUAAACUUGUACAUUGAUGCUGCCCAUGGAGGUUGGCUGGGCUGGGAGCCCAAUCUGCAGCCUUCGGCCGAGAUCUUUGCGAAGGUUGUCCAGAAGGCUGGCAACAACACCAAGAUCCGCGGGUUUUCCACCAACGUCUCCAACUAUAACCCUUUCCACGCCAACCCUCGUGCGAACUAUACCGAGUGGAGCAACUCCUGGGACGAGAACCACUACGCCCUCUCCCUUGCACCUUACCUCGAGGCUGAGGGCCUGCCUUCCCGAUUCAUCAUAGACCAAGGCCGUGUCUCCAACAGCAGGGAGGAGUGGGGUGAGUGGUGCAACGUCAACCCUGCCGGCUUCGGCAUGCAACCCGGCACCCCGGUGAACAACACCCACAUCGACUCGAUUGUCUGGGUAAAGCCUGGUGGUGAGAGCGACGGACGCUGCGGGCUUGAGGGUGCGCCAGUAGCUGGUGCAUGGUUUGAUGAGUACGUGCAAAUGCUCGUAGAGAACGCAGACUCCUCUAUUGUCGCGAGCAAGGUCUAG